AUGUUUGGCUCAGAGAGUGAAAACAACCAGCUCUCUCAAGAGAGCAAAGUCAGAAUUCGUAGCAAACAAGUCUGGUGGCGUGUGGAUUUAGGACAGAGCAUAACAAUACAAUACAUCACGAUAUACUACAGAGCUACCACUGGAUACCGAUUCGGUGGAUAUUCACUGUACGUGUCCAACUCCACCAACCACAUAGAAGGCAUUCUCUGCUAUCAGGAUAACAGAAGUAACGUAAACGUAAACCCGACCCACCUGUGUCCAUACGUAGCUCAGUAUGUGACUGUCUACAAUCACAGAGAGGAACCAAAACGACACGACUGGUAUAGUAACGAUGCUAUUCUGGAACUGUGUGAAGUUCAGGUCUUUGGCUGCCAAAUCGGAAGUUAUGGUAACCAAAGCUGUAAUAAUCCUUGCCCAGAAAGCUGCUAUGGAGGAAACUGUAACGCUAUAACAGGAUCCUGCUUCUAUUGUUUUCCCGGAAUGUUUGGUGAAGUCUGUGAACAAAAUUGUUCUGCUAACUGUAACAGCACUUGCGAGAAAGAUACGGGUCAUUGUAUAGGAUGUAUCCCCGGUAAAAGAGGUGACCUCUGUGAUGCCAACUGUCCUGUGAAUUGUGUGGCAUGUGAACAGACGUCCGAAAAAUGUUUUGGAUGUAUCCCCGAUAAAAGAGGUGACCUCUGUGAUGCCAACUGUCCUGUGAAUUGUGUGACAUGUGAACAGACGUCCGAAAAAUGUUUUGAAUGUGUCAAUGGAAAGUACGGUGACGUGUGUGACAUUGAUUGUUCUGACACCUGUACAAACAAAUCAUGCACGAAGGGCAAUGGGUAUUGCCUAGCAGGAUGCAUUCCCGGUAAAAAAGGCAAUCUAUGUGAUACAAGCUGUUCCUCAAAUUGUGCGACGUGUGACCAGACCUCAGAACAAUGUUAUGGUAAUUAUAACAUUGCAGUUUAG